GGGGCCGCGCCAAGAGAUCCCACCGCCUCUCUCCCCGGCGACCACCCAGAUCUCGGCGGCGGCAGCGGAGGGAAGGGGAGAAGAUGUUCUAUGGGGCGAUUGUGUGGGACCCGUGGCUGAUCGUGUCGCAGAUCGUGUGCCUGCAGUGCCUCUACUACCUGGCCCUCGGCCUCUCCAUGGCGCUCCUCGUCGGCACCCGCGUCCCGCGCCUCACCCUCCUUUACCUCUUCGACUUCGCCACCCUCACUCCGCGCACCCCCACCGGGUGGUGCGCCAUCGCUUCCUUCCUCCUCGUCGCCGUCGCAGGUGCUGGGUUCAUGCUAUAUGUGAUUGAGAGAGCCAAGAAGUGCUUGGACUUUGCAGCAACCCUCUACAUAAUCCAUCUCUUCAUUUGCAUUGUUUAUGGUGGAUGGCCAGCUUCAAUUACAUGGUGGAUUGUUAAUAUCACUGGUUUGGCGAUUAUGGCUCUCCUAGGUGAAUAUCUAUGCAUCCAACGGGAGUUGAAAGAAAUUCCAAUAUCACGGCUUCGUGCAAGUGUUUAAUAUCACACGCUGAAAGAGCAUAGAUGGUUUCAAAUGGUCUCAAGAGGUGCUUAUUAUUAUGAGUGCUUCAUUCUGUGAUUUGCAACCGAUACUCGUCAAACAUGCAAAGAGUUUGCUCUUCUGAUGACGGAUCUCCGAGUAGGCCAUCAUGUAGAAAUUGAUAGGCUUCUGAGUUCCCACAAAUGGAAAUGGCAGCUCAGAUUGUAAAGCAUACAUUCAAGCCCUCCCCACUUCCCUAUGGAACAGCAUUGUUCAAGUAACACAACAGGUGGCUGCGUGACAAUUUGUAUGACUAGAUAUCAACAGCUUGGAACUGUAUUCUUUAGCGAGAUUGAUGACAACACAUGCAGACACCAAUGAGUUCUUGUUUAGAGGUAUAUUGCAAAUAAUAUAUAUAGUGUCUUUUGUUCA